GUUAACCACCAACCCCAGUGAUCAGCAAAGGUGAGCAUCGUCGUUGGCGCAAACCAAUCGACAUGGAAGGCAGAGCAUCAUCGUCGCUACUAUCAUCAUCAUCAUCGCGACUUCGAGGGGAGGAGAGGAGGAGCUUUGAAGCAGAUCGCAGAGAAGAGAGGGAGAGACAGAAGGGCCGUCACCUCUCAGAGGCAGGCAGGAUGUACGCUACUUUGGACAUUGGUGUAGUCGGACAUCGAUCAGAUUCGAGCUCGAUCAGAAUUCUGGUCUUGCUAGACAAAGAUCUCAGGAGGGAAGGAGAGGGAAGCUGCGCAGGUCUCGUGGACCUGGCAGCGACGAGGCAACGAUGAAGGAUCGAUGAUGCUCUGCCCUUCAGCUUGCGCCGCUCAGCAGCAACACCUCGAAGAGAGUGCUUACACAUCUCUUCAUCCUCUCGCUCGCUCAGAUGGCCCCUAAGAUCGACCCCAACGAGGUUAAGAUUAUCACCCUCAGGGCCACCGGUGGUGAGGUCGGAGCUUCGUCAGCUCUUGCCCCCAAGAUCGGUCCCCUCGGUCUCUCUCCCAAGAAGGUAGGAGAAGACAUCGCCAAGGCCUCGGCCGACUGGAAGGGACUCCGUGUCACCAUUCAGCUGACCGUCCAGAACCGUCAAGCUGCCGUCGCCGUCGUCCCCUCCGCCUCCGCCCUCGUCAUCAAGGCCCUCAAGGAGCCCGUCCGCGACCGCAAGAAGGAGAAGGGACGUGUCCACAACGGCUCCUUCUCCCUCGACGAGGCAAUCGAGAUCGCUCGUAUCCUCCGUCACAAGUCCUUCGCCAAGACCCUCGCCGGUACCGUCAAGGAGGUCCUCGGCACUGCGCAGAGCAUCGGUGCAAGGAUCGAUGGUCGCCCGGCGCACGAUGUCAUUGAGGGCAUCGACGACGGCACCGUCGAGAUCCCGGAGGAGUAAUUGCAGUCGAAGCAUCACGCCUCAUCGCCAAAUCUCCGACUCCUGCGUACUGCAAUUGCGCACCUCUCUGACCUCAUGUACUAGCUAGCCGCGGCCAUCACAUCACAUGACUCUCAGCAGUCGAUUUACACAGACAAGAUUGCAUGCAGGGU